ACUGUACUCUGAAAAGCGUUAACCACUUCCACUUCUGAGUUCGACAAAUUUCGGCGCCGUCGAUUCCCAACCCACUGCCAUCCCAAUUCCCGCCAUGGGUUUCUUCACCUCCGCCUCCCACUUCUCAACCGUCCGAUUCACUCCCUCGCUCUCUUCCCCUGCGCCUCUGCGCAGACGAUUCUAUACCGUCAGGUCGUCUUUGCCAUUUCCGGGCCACAAAGCCAAGUAUCAUGGAGAGCUCGAAGCAGCCGUGGAAGUCGUGGAGAGAGCUUGUCGUCUUUGUCUCGACGUGAAAUCGUCGUUGUUUUCAAGUGAUGGACGUAUAAUCGAGAAGAAUGACCAGACUCCGGUCACCGUCGCGGAUUUUGGGGUUCAGGCUCUGGUCAGUUUGGAGCUGGGUAAUCUCUUCCCUUCAAUUCCGCUGGUGGCCGAGGAGGACUCUGCUUCAGUGCGUUCCAAUAACCUAGCUGACUUAGUUGUGAAUGCUGUGACUGGUAACUCAAGCGUCACGCAUAGAUCGUGCAAAGAAGCUGAUGUACUGCGAGCAAUUGACAGAGGUGGAAAGGAUGCUUUUACCUUUGGAUCUAAACCAGCCACAUAUUGGCUUGGAGUUAGGACUCAUAUUUCCUUAUCUAUUAAACUACUCAAGGAGCGUGUAGGAAAAGCUUUGACUUUUAUGUUUGUUGUAAGCAGCUUAUGCAAGUAUCUAAUGGUGGCUUCAGGUAGGGCGUCAGUUUUCAUUCUUCGGGCAAAAGUUCAAACAACUAUCAAGGCUUGGGAUCACGCUGUUGGCAUGAUAUGUGUGCAUGAAGCUGGUGGAAAGGUGACUGAUUGGAAAGGGAGUCACAUCGAUCUCACGGCCGACGAAAGUGGACGGAGGAUCAUUUAUCCCUCGGGCGGUGUCCUUGUGACCAAUGGAAACUUGCACAAUAGGAUCAUAGAGCUCAUCUCUUGUGCCACAACGGUUUGACAGAGGAUGUGUUACUUCAUCUACAUUGAGUUCCAAUUUUUUUUUUUACAGAAAAAAGUAAAAUAUGGAAUAAUAAAAGACAACAGGAAAGGAAAAAAAAAAAAAAAAUCUCAGUCACCCAAAUUUAGUCUCGGUUUACAUGAAAUUUUGAAGAUGUAUCGGUUGAUUGCCAGCUAAAAUUAUAUGCUGCGUGAAUUGUUUGCAAAAUGAAUAUUCAGUAACCUAGAGCAGUAAUAUUGCUGAUGAGGAGCUGAUAAUGUAAUUCAUUGACAUUUCGGUAUUAAUUUAACGUCA